AUGGUGACGAUUGACUCUUGCUACGACCUCUAGUCGUUUCUAACAAUCCAUUACAGUGUUAUCACGCCGCGACUAGAAAACCUCUGCUCGUGAAAGUUCCGUUCCGAAAGCCUCGUGUGUCAGCUGUGUUUUUCGUCGCUGAGACCACGUUUCCUUUUUCUCGAUACACAACGAUAGACAGAGUUCUCGAACGGCUCGACAUCGUUAUAAAACGUAAAAGGACAAGUUUUCUAGUAAUCUAAGAAGAAACAGUUUUCCCGCAGAGACAUUUAUUAUAUUCUUGGAUAGUUCACUGUUGAAAGUGAUUCUUGCUAAAGAUGGACGUGCCCUCUGAUAAACUCAUGAAACAACGUGCGUCGCAUCUCAUACGCUGAACGAAAAAUUAUCGACUCGAUGUGGAUGGUGUUACUACUGACCAUCGUUCUGAAGAUUUUCCUAAGGAAACUACGGGGAUUUAAUCGACCAUCGAGGGAAACUUUACGAAUUGAGCCUUCUCCUGCUUUUGGAUACCGAUCUAUUGGACUGUGAUCAUAAAUCUCAUUUGAUCGAUCUUAUUCGUCUGUAAGGACAUCUACUGGAUACUCCUGACGAGGAAGUAUCAUAGAAGUUUAUUCGCAACCGUUUAUGAAAAGUGAAAAAACUCGGUUAAUAGUUCGAGUAGUUCGAAUCGAAGAAAGAAGAAGUAUCGACGAAAACGUUGUGAACAAAAGAGUUCUUAAUGUGAGAAGGAAAUUGUUGCCUGUGGUACUUGGUUCUCGAGGGAACGUGUCAGAAAAAGUGAAUUAGUUAGUUGGAAGCAUGUGAGUAAAUGGCCGUGGCAGGAUCUUGGCAUCCUUCGAACGACCUACUAUGGGCAUCUGCCUGGACACUGAUCAACAAAAUGGAUCGCAGGUGUUCGAGGAAGCUGAUGCUCGAAGCGCGGGGAAAUGGCGAGGAGAGGCUGGCCUCUUGUCAACCCCCCCAAGCGGAUAUUUUCCACAACAGAACGUUGGUGCAGUUAAAUUCGAAGUUCCAAAAGUGCCUGUCAUAUUUGUGCUUGGUGGACCUGGUAGUGGAAAGGUGACACAUUGUGAUAAUUUGAUGCAAGAGAAAAAGGGUAUAACGCAUAUCAACAUGAUGGAUCUCCUUCAACAAUACGCUCUUGGAAAUGAUAUGCAAGAUUUCGGACAACUUAGCAGUAAAACAGUUGCGGAAGUUCUUAUGCUGGAAAUCAAAAUGUCUCCAGGUUCCAAAGUCUUUCUUGUUAGUGGUUAUCCACGUAAUAUGCGCGACGUAGUAGAAUAUGCUGAAAAAAUUAAAAUUGUAAACGGCGUGAUCCUCGUGUCCUGGAGACAAGAGAUUCUCGAAAGACAAAUUGAUUUUGGUGCACAACUUGGACAAGUAGUGAUCGAGCUAGCAAGAAUGGAACUUUAUAAUUUUUAUAGAAACGUUAUGCCCGUCGCUGAAUAUUUCGAUCAAAGUGGAAUGUUGCUAGAGAUAAACGGAGAAAGAAAUCCGAGCGAGGUUUACGUCGAUUUUCGUGAAGCGGUUUUCAAAAUUCUCGGUUUGUCAAACGAUGAAAUACAAGGAAAGAAUGCUUCUCAACCAUUAAAGACAGAAGUAGAAGUCGAGAGGAGGAAAGAAUCUAUUCCAAAAUCAUCAUCUCCUAUGGAAGAAGUGUUGGCUCAGCUAACGCAAAUACCUGUCGAGGUGAAUGUGAAACCCAUAAAAACCGCGAUCAAGUCUAGAAAAGGAUUACCCGCGUUCAUCUGGGUUAUAGGUGGCCCAGGAAGCAACAAAGAAAAUUUAUGCACUCAAGCUGUUCGCAAUAUGCCAGGCUGGGUCCAAAUUAGCAUCGGUGGUUUGCUUAGAGCGAUGGCAUCGUCAAAUACUAUUGUCAACGAUGCUAUCGUCUCCGGAGAAACGGUGCCACAAGACAUCGUCAUGCAAGUAGUAGAGCAGCAGAUUAUGCUAAAUCGCGACACGGAUGGCAUAGUAAUAGAUGGCUAUCCGAGGGACUUGAAUCAAGUGCAAGAAUUUGAGAAUAAGUUUGGCCAGCAGCCACCGUUAGUAUUAUUAGAUUGCUCGAAACUACAACUUGGCAGAGGAAGGAUAGAUGAUAACGUAUCUGCAUUUAGAAAGAGGCUGGAACUCUUUCGCGAAGUAUCUUUACCUAUGUUAAAAACCCUGGAUAACGAAAAUCGCUUAACGAUUAUUGAUGGCGAUACGGACGUACCAAGCGUGCAACAAGAAUUCGCGGCCGCACUUUAUCAAUUAAUGACGCAAACGCGUCGCAAAGAAGAAAAUGAUCUACAUAAUCCUGAACCACAGAUGGUACAAGAAAAUGGAAACAAUGAGAAAUUAAAUACAGUUGUUCUUAAUAAUAGGGAUCAAUCGAUCAUAUCAAACGGUGUUUCUAAGCAGAUAACCGAUGGUAAAUUAAAUGUCGAGCAAGCGGUUAAUGCUACGAAAAAUAUGAAUGGAAUACGCAGCAUACAGGGUGCAGUACGAAUCGCAAAUGGAUUAAAGAAUACCGCCAGACAAGUUCAAAAAAACGGUGCUGCUCGUAUGCAAAACGGUAUUGCGAAUGGUACCGCACAUAUGUUGCAAAAUGGUGUUGCACAUCUGGCCAACGGAAUUAUAUCAAGCAAUAACAAAGUUGCACCGGCAGUACAAAAUUAUUUGCCGAACAACACCAAAGAUGCAGUGAGGAAGAUGUACAACGAGGUCGAAGGUUACCAACAAAAUUUACACAUGUAGUUAAAAACAUGUGUAAGAUCGUCGUUCGAACGAAAAAUUAAAAAGGAGAAAAGAAUAUUUUUAAUAUCGUUCUAUCUUUUUAUAAAUUUAAUCGAUCACGUCAAUGAUCACGAAAUUAAACGAACACUCGAAGUUCCUCUCUGAUAAACAUACAUAUAAGUAGUAUACUAUACGUAUUAUAAUAAUACUGUAUCGAAAUUUUUCGGCGUUACCUGAUAAACUGGAAAAGUAUAAUUUACUAGAGAAAAUAAGAAGAAGUUAUUAUAUGAAGUUUUUGUUUAUGAACGCUUUGCCAUGAUAGAAGAAAGACUUCAAUACCAUAGAUAAGUUUCAAUAAAUGCGUAAACAUUACAUUACAAGAGUCUUUAAACGAAAUUCAGAACUUGCUAAUUAAGAGUCCAUUAAACGGGAUCGUUUUAAAACAGAAAAACAUAAUGUAAAAUAGCAAUGAAAAAUCGUUACUUGAUUCAUGUUGUGUUCAAUAUGAACUUAUAAUUUUCCAACAAAACAGUUUCAACUCAAUUUCGUACUAUAUUUCUUGCGUAUUUUCAAUAAUCCCAGUUUGUCAGGAAAAUCUGGGAACAGCCCACUUACGUAAUAAUACAUUCGCAUCGUGCCUUAAGACCAUUACGACUUACAUAGGAUUAAACGAUGAAUUUAAGAGGAAAGCCAAACGCAAAAUUAGAUACGCAAAUGUAUACAUAUAGAGUAAGAUACUCGUAUUCAAAUAUCGAGGUUUCGAGACUAAAUAGUUGUAUACGAUACGUUUAAGUGUAAUAUGAAAUACGUAUGUUUUUCUUUCUUGUUUUUCUUAUUCUUUUUUACCUGAACAUUACAGACAGUAAGUACUUACAUCAAGCGAGACUGAUAACGAAAUAAAGUAUUUAAUAUCGUUCGUUUCUAAUAAAACACGAUUAUAAAAAUAAGAUUUUUAUGGAACUCUAGAAAACAGAUAUUUCAAGAGUGUAAAUGAAAAUUUAACUCUAAUGAAAGUUGAACCAAAUUAUGCAAAUUUAAUAACUACGGAUCAGUAGCUGGUACGUUGAACUGUUAUCAAAAGAAAUUAAACGGCUCUUGAUACAAGCACAUAUUACGUAGAAAAAGAAUUUAGUUUCGGACUUUUGGAUGGAAUAAUAUUAUCCGUGUUUCUAUUACUCUAAACGGUACUCAUAGUAAGCACGAUAAGAUAUCAAUAAGUUAAUUCUAAUUAAAGAACAUUUAAUAAUUGUAUAUUCUAAUAAAAUAUUAAUAUAACCGUU